AUGCACGCUAAAGCUCUUGUCACUAUUGCUAUUGCAACCCUCUUGGUUCAAGUUCAUGCCGAGCCUGCCGAAGCAUCCGCAAGCCUUGCUGUUGCCGAGGCCAAUGCCUCUGGAUUAGCUCACCUUGCCACUUCUAUCGAAGAAGAAGAAGAAGAUCCAGAAAAGGAAGAAGAAGAGGAAAAAAAGGACAAGAACAAGGAUGAUGAAGAAGAUGAAGAAGUUGAAAACGACGACAGAGUCUUCCAAAAGGCCAAGGAAGCAGCUUUAAAGGAAAAGAAGAACACCAAUGGAGGUCCUGAUGAUAUCGAAUAUGAUUCUGACAAGGAGCGUAUUACUGUCAAAGAUUUAGAAAAUGCCAUUAAAGCCAAGGCCGAGAACAGAAAGGAUUCUUUCUCUCCUGCUGCUGCCAAGAUCAACAAGGAUGAUGAUGAAGAGGCUGAAGAUGUUGAAAAGAGCGAGAAGGAGGAAGCUAACGAGAAGGAGUCCGAGAUAGAUGCUGAUGCUGCUGAUGAUGAGGCUUCAGUUGCUUCUCCUGCCGGCGGCUCUGUCUCUGUGUCUGCUCCCGCAUCUGUUGCAUCUGACGUUGAUGCUGAAAAUGAAGAGGCAGAGGCUACUGAAGAAGACAAAGAUACUAAGAAGGACAAAGAUACUAAGAAGGACAAAGAUACUAAAAAGGACAAAGAUGCUGAAGAGGACAAAGAUGCUGAAGAGGACAAAGAUGCUGAAGAGGACAAAGAUGCUGAAGAGGACAAAGAUGCUGAAGAGGACAAAGAUGCUGAGGACAAAGAUGCUGAGAAGAACGAGGAUUUCAAUGCUGCUGCUCAGUCAUCUUUACGCAGUGGUAGUGCCAGUGCUUCUUAUGGUGCUUCCAGUUCUCUCUCUUUGGCAUUCGGUGCCUCCAAAACACCUGUCCUCUCUGCCAGUGGUGCUUCAGUAAAGGAUGCCCGUCCUUCUGGCAAGAUGCAAAAUGCUAAAUCAAGCGGCUCUAUGGUCACUGUCAGCAUUGGAGCAACCCUUGGUGCUGUUGUCUUGGCAGCCUAUUCCCUUUUCUAA